GUAAUAGCUCUCUCUCUCUCUCUCUCUCUCUCUCUCUCUAAGUUUAUGAUGUCGAGGGAAGAAAAUCUUGUGGGAGUAGGGCUUCUAACAAUCCUCCAUGUGUGCUUCCUUUCUGUUUGCGUUGCUGAUAAAAAUCAGACCUUCAAAUCUUCUUGCGGAGAUAUGAACAUCAGUGACCCUUUCUAUUUGGAAGAUGAUUAUGCGCCUGACGUCUUUUAUCAUUACUUGAACUUGAUCUGUGAAAAUAAUCGUACUAUGGUAAACCUCGAUUACGGCGGAAAAUACCAUGUUGCAGACAUCAACUACAGUAGCUAUACCAUUCGGGUAGUGGAUCCGGGCCUAAAGGAAAAGGGCAUGGGAAACUGUUUCUCCUAUCCUCUCUAUUACUUCCGCAUAGAUCAGUAUCCAUAUGAUGUUCCUACAGAUUCUCAUCCUGUAGUUUUCAUUACAUGCCCAUGGCUGAUCACUGGUGACAAGAUUCAUAAGUACAUUCCUAUCAUUCCAUGCAACACGAAUCGCAGCUCCCCUUUCUCGCAACCAUACGCGUAUGCAAUAGUUGGAGAUUUGGAGUUCAGAGAUAUUCCCGAUUCAUGCAUCCUUGAUGGGAAUAUCGUCACUCAGUCAAAGGCAGUUGCGGAGGGAAGACAUUUAUCAAUGUCAGAUUUGCAAGAAGAGCUACUCAUGGGGUUUGAACUUUCAUUUCUGUAUUCCAUCUGCGCCAUAGAAUGCGAAGUGAAAGGGCUAUCCUGUGAUCUGAAUUUCACCAGCAAUACUUUCAAAUGCCACCACUCCAGCGCCGUAGAAUGGAUCUGGAAAAUCUUGACAAUCUUGAUUAACAUUCCGAUUGUCUUAUAUGCAUACACAUGGUAUCCCGAAAAUUUUAAAAUUUCAGGACUUGAAGAAGCGCUCAAGUAUGGCGACUAUGCGUCCAUUGGAUACUGGAUAUUUCAUAAGAUUGUCAUAAUAUACAAUGGAGUACGAAUUGUACUUGGGAUGUUCAUGUUUGCCUAUUUAAUCUACAAGUUUCGGCGGAGACACUUAUCAUUAGAUGAUAAUAUUGAAGAAUUCCUACAAAAUCACAAAAGUCUUCAACUCAUAAAGUACUCUUAUUAUGAUAUAAAAAAGAUGACCAACAGUUUCAAGGAUAAAUUAGGACAAGGAGGCUUUGGCUCUGUUUAUAAGGGAAAGCUCAAGAGUGGUCGAGUUGUUGCAGUAAAAGUACUGGUUAUGUCUAAAGCUGAUGGGCAAGAUUUUAUCAAUGAAGUGGCUACAAUUGGAAGGAUCCAUCAUAUUAAUGUGGUGAAACUUGUUGGAUUUUGCAUAGAAGGUUCAAAAUGGGCUCUUAUAUAUGACUUCAUGCCUAAUGGAUCUCUUGAUAAGUUUAUUUUUCCGAAACAUGAAAACAAUACCCCCUUAAGUUGGGAGAGGUUGUAUAAGAUUGCACUUGGAGUAGGGCAUGGGAUUGAAUACUUACAUCAAGGUUGUGAUAUGAAAAUUCUACAUUUUGAUAUCAAACCACACAAUAUUCUUCUCGAUGAAGACUUCACUCCAAAAGUUUCAGAUUUUGGCCUUGCAAAGUUGUAUUCAACAGAUGAAAGUAUUGUUUCUCUCACAAAAGCAAGAGGAACAAUGGGAUACAUUGCUCCAGAAUUGUUCUACAAAAACAUUGGAUGCAUAUCAAAUAAGGCCGAUGUUUAUAGUUUUGGAAUGUUGUUGAUGGAAAUGGUGGGUAAAAGGAAGAAUUUGAAUGCAUUAGCAGAUCACUCAAGUCAAAUAUACUUCCCAUUAUGGAUAUAUGAUAAAUUUGACCAAGGGGAGGACAUUGAAAUGGGAGAUGCCACAGAUAAUGAAAAAAUAUCUGUAAAAAAAAUGGUGAUAGUUGCAUUAUGGUGUAUACAGAUGAAGCCCACAGAUCGUCCUUCGAUGAGCAAAGCAUUGAAGAUGCUAGAAGGUGAGAUUGAACUCUUGCAAAUGCCUCCUAAGCCUUCUCUAUAUUAUGAUGUAUUGAAGGUAGAGGAUCAGGUGAGCAAUCAAGUAGGAGUACCGGUUUCAUCACUUAAUGCCAUGGAUACAAUCACCUUAACCGGAAGGUAGUGCCACAUUGUAUCUACUUGCAUGCUUUGUCCCUUGAUAAUGUUUUCUUGGCUUAGAUGUAAGGAUCGUUGCUUUUCAUGUAUCAAAUGUAUUUGUCCUAAAGCACUGGCUUGGUUCCUAGAAGGUCUCCAUACAUGAGUAGUCUUCUCCAAGGCCUUUGAAAUUCUUAAAUAAAGUUUUGUUUCCUUUCAA